GAGGAAGAAGAAGAAGAAGAUGACGAGGAAGAAAUGGUGAGCUGGGCCAGUGUGAGGAUGCAAGGAGACAACAGGAAGCAGCAGCAUGCAGCUGAGGAGGACCCAGAGGUGUUUGGUCACCUUAUGAAGAGACCAAUGGCAACAUUUUUUGACAACCACCACCCGGCCCUGAAAUCCCCCAUCUUGGUCUCCGGCCCUCGCUGUGCUGCAGAGGACACCUUCAGCCGCCACUUUGAGAGCAUCAUGGAGUCUCACCGAGCCAAAGGCACCUCGUACAACAGCCUGGACAGCGAGGAGCUGCUUACCUCGAGCACCCAAACCGUCCUGACCUUUGACCUGCCCACAUUAACCCCUGCCAUCCACGGUCCGGUCUGCCAGAGCACCAGGCAGAUCGUCCAGCUCAGCUUCGCCCCACUGGCACACGAUGAGAGGCCCAGUAUCUCCGAUUCAAUCUUUACCAUGACUGGGGAUUCGGACGCCACCAGAGCCCCGUCCAGCGAGAGGCUGAGCAGCGGUUCGGACGACACGCCACCCAAAGGACGAGGGUAUUCACAGCUGGGGAGCAGCUGGUACAGCAACCCUUCUUUCUCAUUACCAAGCAGGGACAAGGCCCGUCUGGCGACAGAUUCGGAGCUGGACCAGGACCUCAGUGAGCGACUGGGUCUGGGCAGCAGUGAGACCCUCACCAAUGGCAGCCACCGUGCUGACGUGGCAGCCGCCAGACGCCUGGCCAAACGUCUCUUCAACUUGGACGGCUUCAGGAAGUCCGAUGUGGCGCGGCACCUCAGCAAGAAUAAUGACUUCAGCCGAAUGGUUGCAGAAGAGUAUCUGAGCUUCUUCGACUUUGCGGGCCUCGCUAUUGACCAGGCAUUGCGGACUUUCCUCCGGCAGUUUGCCCUGAUGGGGGAGACUCAGGAGAGGGAGAGGGUGCUGGCUCACUUUUCUAAGCGUUAUUUGGACUGCAACCCAAAAGUCAUACCUUCAGAGGAUGCAGUUCACACUCUCACCUGCGCCGUCAUGCUGCUGAACACUGAUCUACAUGGUCAGAACAUCGGUAAGAGGAUGUCGUGCACGCAGUUCAUCAGCAACCUGGAGAGACUGAACGACGGCCAAGAUUUUCACAAGGAUCUGCUUAAAGCUCUCUACAACUCAAUCAAGAAUCAGAAGCUGCAAUGGACACUCGACGAGGAAGAGCUGCGGAAGUCGUUCUCGGAGCUCGGGGACAGCCUGUGUGACUCCACCGCCUCCAGAUCUCUGAAGGCGGAGGGCAGCAGUGGGAAGCCCCCGACAGAGGAGGCGCAUCCGUCCGGGUCGCUGCUCUACAAGAACGGCUUCCUCGUCCGCAAAGUGCACGCAGACUCUGACGGCAAGAGAACACCAAGAGGGAAGAGAGGUUGGAAGACCUUCUAUAUCAUCCUCAAAGGGCUUAUUCUCUAUCUGCAAAAAGGGGAGUACAGGCCUGACAAACAGCUAUCAGAGGAGGACCUGAAGAACGCCGUGUCCAUCCACCACUCUCUGGCCAUGAAGGCUUCAGACUACAGCAAGAGGCCCAACGUCUUCUACCUGCGCACCGCCGACUGGAGGGUGUAUCUCUUCCAGGCCCCGAACGCGGAGCAGAUGCAGUCUUGGAUCACAAGGAUCAACACGGUGGCCACCAUGUUCUCAGCUCCUCCUUUCCCAGCAGCCAUCGGCUCCCAGAAGAAGUUCAGCCGGCCGCUGCUGCCUGGGACCAUGUCAAAGCUGUCGGAGGAGGAGCAGGUCAGAUCCCAUGAAAACCGCUUCAGAGCCCUGUCCACUGAGCUGACUGAGCUGCGUUCCUACCCCCCCGACCGCAAGGUCAAAGGGCGCGAGCUGGAAGAGUACCGGCAGCGGGAUGAGUACCUGGAGUUUGAGAAAACCCGGUACGGGACGUAUGUCAUGCUGCUGCGAGCUAAGAUCCGGAGCGGCGAGAAGGACCUGUCUCUGUUCGAGUCCCAGCUGCUGGAGGACAACAGUCUGCAGAGGGCCCACUCCAGCCCCACGCUGCAGGACAGCAGCCAGGCCAGCCAGGCCAGCCAGGCCAGCCAGGUGAGCAAGGCCAGCAGCGGCCGGGACGGGGGCAACAGCAGCAGGGCCAGCGGCUGCAGCGGCAAGCUGCGGCAGGACGGCCAGAGACACAGCUACCGGCAGGCCGUCAAGAAGUGAGGCGGGGGGGGGCGCCGGGAGCGGCACAGCGUUGCACUGCCAGGCCGUCUCCCUGCAUAGGUUUUUAUUUGAGAUCCAGGAGGGUUUGGAGCUCUGCUUGAAGGGGGAGCAGGAGAGAGGGUCUCUACCCCACUCCCUUCCCCCAAAACCAUGACGCCCUACCCGGCACCCCAAUCUUCUCAUGGGACUGAGGAGGUGCAGAUCCUGUGACUGGAAGAGGAGCACUAGCAGGGGUGUGGGUGCAGGAGGUGGGAGGGUCACACAUCUGCAGAGACCAUGUGUCUGUGGGAGCAGCGCAGACUGAGCGGGAGGAGAAGUGCUCAUAUGGAACACACAGGGACGUACAUCCAGCUUCUUUCCUUUUCUCCUCUUUUCUUCUUUCACCUCUCCAGCCACGUUCUCCCACCUUUUCUCUUGACUUUUCACUCAGUUUUGGGACCAAACUAUUAAAACAUCACAUUUUAAGACGACUUGUUUUCAGUUAUACUGCUGCAGCCGCUCUGAUCGGAGCGCUGUAACAGUCACUGGACCUGAACACAUCACCAGGUCUUAUGGAGCCAUUUACAUUCCAGCUCCUUGUUUUCUGCCACAUCACCACGGUGUUUUCACAUUCCGCACACAGGCCGGACAUUACAGCUUUUAGCUUCUAUUUCACUGAAGGUGGAUCUACACACUGCACAACACAUAGCGAUGGAGUGAUGAGGGUGAUUAGACAGUGCAGCUCCGCUUUCUCUCAGCACUGACGGCUAAAUAGAUGUCAGUAGAACUUCACUCCUGAUAUGCAGCAACUGCAUCUCAUCUAGGUCUAUUUUCUUUUGCUCUACUUGAACAGGAGAUCUCUUUCCGAGUUGCUUUGGCUUCUGUCCCGUGGUGUGCUUCUGUUCUCUUUCUAUUUCUUGGCCGAAUGUUGUUUUCCCCAGUGAUCCGCAUGCCUGCAUCCAGCACUGCUUCUUUUAAGCCUUUUACUACUUCAAGGGCAAAAACUGAGAGCAGCAAAAGUUGUUCUCUGGGGUCAUUUAAGUCCUUUUUUCUUCAUACCCGACAUGUGUUAUCUCCCUAAUAGCCUCUCAUUUAUAAUAGCCUAUUUUCACACUCACCAGGCAGACCCUGAAUGUUCUUGUUUUUUCAAUAUUUUUACAGUAUUUUACAGUCGUUUGUUGUUGUUGAACCUAUUCCUCCUGUGUAUGUCAAGUGUAUGAUGAAAUAUGAUAUUGAAAAUGUUAAAGGAAAAAUAUGUUAUCCAUGCUCUUUGUAAAACAUCCAGGAUGUGUUGUAUAUAUAGCAGCUUAUAUUGUAGGAUAUAUGAAGGUAUAUUUACAAUAUAUUCACACACACUAUUGCGAAGAUGCGUUCGGUGGGCCGCACUUCAUGUUUCUUGUAAGUCCUGAAAGCGCUACACGAUAAUCAUAUGUUGUUGUUUUUUUUUCUUACAUGGUGGUAAUAAUUCAGCACAAUAUGAGUAUUUCAGUGACGCCUAUGUACCUAUCAAAGAUUAGUAAAUGAUCAAAAUGGUGUUUGUGACGGGAUUACACGAAGAAGAAAAAAAGAGAAUUGACGUAUGGAUUUCAGAUGGCAGUAAUCCAAAGAAAGCGCAUGGUUGGCUAUGACUUAAUAGCAUGAUUUUAAAGGGAUCAGGGUAAGAAAUGCAUGAAAAAGGUAGAGAAUGUAAAAAAAAGAAAGGAACUCUUCAUUUAGUAGGGUGUUGGCAGCCUAUGGUGUUUUCGGUAGCCAUAAACGCCUCAUAGCCAUUUUCUACUCAGGCUUCAGAACGACACCUUGAGCAGCUGCAGUGCCGGCAUCCGACCAGCAGGGGGAGCUGUUCACGUUUUUUUCAGCCAUAAACACACCUGCUGCACCUGCAGUGAAUAUGCAUGAUAUAAUCCCACUCACCUGAUGGGUGGGGUUGGGUAUUGCAGGGCUAAAUGACACAACACCUGUUUGUAUUGACUGUAGAGUCAGUGUGUGUUUGAGUGUGUCUCGCUGUGGAUGUUAGCGUGAGCAUGCUGGAGCCUGUUUGUUGCUUCUUUCAUCCGGCAUCAGUUCCCAUGUUGUUAUCUUUGAAUGUGAAUUUGUUUUUCAUGAUCUAAUAUUCUAAGCCUAGCCAAGUGUUUGCCUGCAGUUUGAGCGCUGAAAUCAUUAGUUACAUGACAGGAAGUUAAUCGGCAACUCUUUUCAUCCAUGUCAUUUUUCAUGAAAAAUGCCAAACAUUUCUCAGUUAUUGCAACUUAAGUAUAAGUUUCUUCUUUUUUUCUUCGUCUUAUGGGACGACAGUGAGGGUGUUGCGAUAUAGCAGGAUCGACACAAGCCGUAAUUUCAGUUCCUUUCGGUUCUCGCUUUGUAUUCUCAUCUACAUUUCGUUCUUUGCUUUUGUUCUCUUUCCUUCGCCUCAAUCAUCUCACUGAUCUCACUUUGUAUUCGAUGGUUUAAAAAAAGGUGUAUGUGCCAUAGCUGACAUCUUGUACCUUUCACCAGUUAUGUAACGCGCCAUUACAGAUUUGUGUCUAUUAAUAGCAUCUGCUGUUUAUAAUGUGGCCAAUCUGUGGAAGAGCAGUCGGACUCAUGUUGAUGGUGUUCUGAGGGGAAUUGAUUCAUUCAGUUACAUCACAUGCAUUCCAAUAUGUCAAGCUUUUAAAGGUACUUCUCACAUUUCACUCGAGAUCACACCAUCUACAGUACAUAAGCACAUAAUGUCAAACAUCUUCUGGUUCUGGCUUCUCAAUGGUAAAAAUUUGCUGUGUGUUGGUUAAAAAAUAAUGUCAGUUUAGACUGUCCGAAGUUGCAUUUUUUUACUUUUAUUUUCACAAACUAAACUAAUAAUUGCAAAAAUAUCCAGCCGAUUAGGGGAGACACUACAGGAGAAAAAGGUACAUUCAGUAAAAAUAACCAGGAUUACUUACAUUAAGAUAAGACUAGGCCUAAGUCUUUUGAAAUGUUUUAUUCAAAUUUAAAAUAAAACAUAAAUAGCUUAAUGUAUAUUUUGAAUUCUUUAUUUCCACUACUUUCAAAGGCAUCAAAUUGUGCCUGUAGUGUCUCUACUUAGUCAACAAGACAAAUAAAUCACAGAAUGAAUACUGUUCUUAAAAUGUUAAGAAUUGAUUUUAGAUCAUUCAACAAAAAAAUACCUGAAUGUAAACAUCUCAAAGGCAUACAUUGUAGUGAAAAUAUAUUAUUUCCCCAAUAGGUUUUAAGAGUAACAAGAAGAUACAAAAACAGAUCUGGUACUGAUGGUUCUAUUCUGGGAUCAGGCUGUAGACUCUAUACAGUGAGGAUGGAUGGAGUAUGAAAGGAGCCUCCACCUUGACAACUCUCCAAGGUCCUCCUCCCCCACUCCCCCCCUCUCCUCCUGCCAUGUGUUAUCAUCACUGCUCACUUACAUCAAAGGGCAGCUGCAGGAUCUCCAUGGCGCUGGUUAGCAUGGAGAUGGCUGGUUCCCCUGGUGACGGCUGUGUGAUGCUCUAGUGAAAGUCACCCUGAUGAAGUGUGUUCACCGCGGUACAGUACCUCUGUUACAGCAGCAGUGCAUGCCUGCAGCUGUCCUUUAAAAAACAUUCAUUUCUGCCCAUGAACGCCUCAUCUCUGAAUGUAAAUAAAGCAUGAGAUAUUAUGGAUGGCCUGUUUUAAUUUAUAUUAUGGUUAGAGUAUUAAAUGAAGGGUUAAUAUUUAAGGUAUAGGUCAACAUGUUUUUUCCUGUCCUUGAGCUCAUGGUCGUUUUUUUUUUACAUUUCUUUCAAUGUGAAUGAAGGAAAUGUCUAUAUUUAACGCUGUUGUAUGCUGUUGUGUUUUAGAGAGCCAGCUCAUACAAAUGUUUUUACACGUAGAGGUCUGAUCUGAUCCAUCUCAGUGUUUUUUAGACUGGUGCAGGUUAGGCAAUGUUCAUUUAAUGGUACACAUACAGUGAGCUACACGUGUCACUGCCUUGUUUAAACUCACCAAGGAAAUGUUGUUUGUGAGCUUCUCAUUUUGUGAGACAUAGAAGAUGAAAAUAAAAGUGUUUUGAAAGGUU